AUAAGAUCCAGUUUUAAGUUGAAGAUUUAACGAUAUGUUUGUCAAAAAUAGCACUGCAAUGUCUGCCAUAUUGUUCUUUGUUGGAAUAUUAUCUUCCAUUACAGUUGCACAAUCGAUCGGAGUUUGCUAUGGUGUAAUUGGUGGAAAUCUACCAUCAAGGCAAGAAGUUGUGGAUUUAUAUAAAACGAAUGGCAUAGGUAGAAUGCGUAUAUACUACCCAGAUGAAGAAGCACUACAGGCCCUUAAAGGUUCAAACAUUGAGUUGAUCAUGGACGUGGCUAAGGAAACCCUCCAAUCUCUAGCAGACUCCAAUGUCGCCAAAGAUUGGGUCAAUAAGUAUGUGAUACCUUAUUCACAAGAUGUCAAAUUCAAGUACAUCGCUGUUGGAAAUGAGAUUCACCCCAAUGACAAUGAGGCCCAGUACAUACUAAGUGCCAUGACCAACGUUCAAAACGCAAUUUCAUCAGCCAAUUUACAAGGUCAAAUCAAGGUGUCAACAGCAAUAAAGUUCGAUUUGAUUAUGAACUCGUAUCCACCCAAUGAUGGUGCUUUCACUGACGAGGCAAAGUCAUACAUAACACCAAUUAUCAACUUCCUAGUGAGCAAUGGGGCCCCACUUCUUGCCAACGUGUACCCGUAUUUUGCUUACGCUGGUGACCAAAGCAUUCCACUUGCCUAUGCUCUUUUUACUCAACAAGGAAACAACGAUGUUGGGUACCAAAACCUUUUUGAUGCUAUGUUGGAUGCAGUAUAUGCUGCUCUUGAGAAACUUGGUGCCUCCAAUUUGCAAGUAGUUGUUUCUGAGAGUGGGUGGCCAUCAGAAGGAGGGAAUGGGGCCACUACUGAUAAUGCAGCCACUUAUUAUGGUAAUUUGAUUAGCCAUGCCUCUAGUGGGAGUGGAACUCCAAAGAGACCUGGUGGACCUAUAGAGACUUACUUGUUUGCUAUGUUUGACGAAAAUCAAAAGACUGGUGAAGAUUCUGAGCGUCAUUUUGGUCUCUUCACUCCUGAUAAAUCACCCAAAUACCAACUCACUUUCAAUUAAUUCAAUUCAAACUUAUGCUAUUUCAAUUAAAUAAGUGUGCGUGCUGCUGCUGCUUCUGCUUCUGCCCACCCAUCAAAAACUUAUAUUACAAUAAUUAUGGAACAUCUUACGUUUUAUUUUGUAAUAUUUUCACCUUGUUUCAAUAAAUACAAACCAACUUUCUAUUACAUUAAUUAUUUA